GGCCAUCUCCUCAUCCCUUUCUCUCCUAUUCUGAACACUUGCACUUCUCUAGUCAAGUACUAUACUGAGGAAGAAAGGCAAAUUCCAUAUCCAACACUACUUCCCUUGAGAAGCAAUGAGCAAUCCAUAUUACUCUCCUCCCCCGCCACCUCCACCAGCGCCGUGUACUCCUUCCCCACCUCCACCUCCACCUGCACCGCGUACCCCUUCCCCACCGCCGCCACCGGCCCACCCUCACAAGCCGCCACACCACCAUCAUCAUCAUCACCACCACCACCACCACCACCAUCACCACAAGGUACCUCCUCCUCCACCUCCAGGGGGAUAUACUUACCCACCAACUCCCUCCGGAGGCAAAUUUCCGCCACCAUCUCAUGAGGCCCCAACUCCGGAACCACCACCCAAGAGGGGCCAGUCUCCACCGGUUCCAACCCGCCCUCCAACACAUCAUGGGCCAGCACCACCACCGAAACCUGUCCACCCUCCAAAACCUUCCAAAACCCCGCCGCCAUCCUAUGGGGCUCCAACUCCGGCACCACCACCCAAGAGUGGCCCGUCUCCACCGGUUCCAUCCCCUCCAGGACAUCAUGGACCGGCAGCGCCACCGAAGCCUGUCCACCCUCCGAAACCUUCCAAGACGCCGCCACCAUCCCAUGGGGCUCCAACUCCAGCAGCACCACCCAAGAGCGGCCCAUCUCCACCGGUUCCAUCCCCUCCAGGACAUCAUGGACCGGCAGCACCACCGAAGCCUGUCCACCCUCCGAAACCUUCCAUGACCCCGCCACCAUCCUAUGGGGCUCCAACUCCGGCACCACCACCCAAGAGUGGCCAGUCUGCACCAGUUCCGUCCCCUCCAGGACAUCACGGACCAGCAGCGCCACCAAAGCCCAUCCACCCCCCGAAACCUUCCAAGACUCCAGCUUAUCCACCUAAGCCUUCCAAGACCCCAGCUUCACCUCCAAAGUAUCCACCAACUUACCCGCCAAAGCCUUCCAAGGGCCCGAGCUCACCCCCAAAAUACCCACCAAAGGCCUCUCCGCCCUAUCUUACCCCAACUCCUGGUGGCUACUCACCACCUGGCUAUGGAGUGACACCACCGUCUCUGCCACCCUCUUCUACUGAGAUUGUCGCCCCUCCCUCUGGCGGCCACCACACGACUAUUAUCAUCGUCUGUGUUUCUUUAGGGUCAGUCUUCUUCCUGGCAUUCCUAGCGGCAGGCCUGUUCUGCCUAGCUAAGAAGAAGAAAAAACCAGUGAUGGUCCCUGCCGCUGCGCCAGUUAUCGUGGAGGAACACGAGGUGGUCCACGAGAGAAUAACCAUGGGCCCAGGUGGUGUACAGGCCAUGGCAGUAGAUAUCGAGGAUGAUGUCAUAAUUCACGGAGCUGGAGGGGUGGCAAUAGUGGGCGCAGCUGCAGGGUGCGGAGGAGGGUCGCCCUGUUCACCUGGAAGGUCCGGAGCUCUCGCUCCCCCUCCAGGACAUCGGCAUAACUGUUAAUCAUCGAUCUCUCAAGUUGCCCGUGACAAGUUCCAAAGCUAUACAUUGAUCGUCGGUUGGACCUCGUUCAUUUUUAAUUUCUUUUUGGAACUAUAUAAUAAGUCGGAUUGGAUUGAAUCGUGUGCGAAGUUCAGAUUUGUACCCAAUCUCUACCUUUUCAUGUGUUGCCGUUCUGUAUAGGAAGAUCGAUUCUGGUGUUACUAGGAGGAGAAUUAUUGCAAUUGGUUGUUAUUUGUUAUUUGUAAUUUGUUUUACGUUUUGACUUGAAUAAGUGUGAUCGAUGCGACACAAAAGUUGAUGCAUGCAUGCAUACUGGGCAGGUUCCUUACGGUAUC